AUGGCUCCAGAGGUUAUUUGGGCUCAAGGUGUAGACACAAUAGAUCUCAUAUACAAGCUAAUUACAAAGCAAGGUAUUCCUCCUGUUCCUCCUAACAUUGUAUUUGGACCAAACACAGAAGAUUUCAGAAAGAAAUGCUUUGAAAUUGAGCUAGAUGACUGA